UGGAGUCGGAGGGGGAGGAGGAGACGUCCAUGUCGUCGUCGUCGUCGUCGAGGGCGCCGCUGCUGCUGCUGAACCCGGUGUACGCGCGGAGCAAGUCGGUGAUCCACGACGAGCUGCGCAACUUCCGGGUGUUCCUGCAGUGGUGCGCGCUGGACCACUCCUCCCGCGCCGCGCGGGCCGCCUCGUACGCGGCGUUCCUCGCGCUGGCGCUCGCCGUCCCGGCGGCCGUCUCGCUCUCGACCCGCGCCGACGCGGGGAUGUCCCCGGUCUCGGCGUCGGCGAUCACGUUCAACCGCGUCGCGCAGAUCCCGGCGUCGGGGCUGGCGGUCAUCUCGUUCGUCGCGCUCGCCGCCUUCUUCCGCCGCUGCGGGGGGCUCCGGCAGCUGCUGUUCCUCGACGGCGGGCUCCGCGACGACACCGCCUUCGUCCGCCGGGGCUACGCGCGGGAGCUGGACCGCGCGUUCCGCCUCCUGGCCGCUCUGCUCCUCCCGUCGCUCUGCGUCGAGGCCGCCCACAAGGCCGUCUUCUUCUUCGCCACCGUGCGCGUCGAGCCGCCCUCGCCGCUGCUCCCCGGCGCCGCCGGCGUGCCGUGGCGCGCGGUGGCGCUGGUGGCCACGGUGGCGUCGUGGGUGUACCGCACGGGCGUCUUCCUCCUCGUGUGCGUGCUGUUCCGCCUCACGUGCGAGCUCCAGAUCCUCCGCUUCGAGGGGAUCUACCACAUGUUCGACGUCGAGGCGCGCGCCUCCGCCGCCGAGAUCUUCGCCGAGCACCGCCGCAUCCGCACGCAGCUCCUCGCCACCAGCCACCGCUACAGGGCGUUCAUCAUCUCCUGCCUCGUCACCAUCACCGUCAGCCAGCUCAGCGCCCUCCUCGUCGCCCUCUCCUCCAAGGACGGCAAGAGCUUCGCCAACUCCGGCGACCUCCUGGUCGGCUCGUCGGUGCAGCUGAGCGGCUUCUUCAUGUGCCUGCUCGGCGCGGCGAGGAUCACGCACAGAGCCCAAAGGAUCGUGUCCAUCGCGAGCCAAUGGCACAUGACGAUGGAGUCCGUGCACCACGCGAAACCAGCGGCGACGAGCAGCUCGUCGGCCAGCGACAUGGACGCGCUCCACCCCUCGGCCGGCGCCGCUCCGGCGUCGCACCAGCCGGAGCUCGGGACGACGGCGGCGGCGUGCGCCUACAGGAGCAGACACGCUCUCGUGACGUAUCUGUCACACAACAGCGGCGGAAUCACGCUGUUCGGGUUCACGCUGGACAGGGGAUUGCUCCACACCAUCUUCGCCUUCGAGAUGACUCUGGUGCUGUGGAUUCUAAGCAAAUUUGUAGAAUUCUCCUAAUUCUACCUCGUGUUAAACCGUAGUGUAAUUGUAUAGAUGCUUGUCAGCUUAUCAUGUUUCAGUAAACCGUAGGCACCAAUGUACAUAUCAUAAUUCAGUUUCCAUUCUGAACUAUUGAAAUGCAAAUGUAUAUUUAGAUGGUCGGCUAUGGAAUAUAAUAGUAACAAUCUUGCAUAUUUGCAAGACGUUUU